AUCCGGGUAUCUUCACUUCCUGUUUGGCGAUCCGUCGCCACAAGAGAGGAGCAGUACGUUUCAGUGCGCUCGGGAAAUCUGGGCCUGAAAACCCAUUAAUAUACCGCGGUUUUCCCGCAGCUGGAGAGCGGAUAACGCUCGGUGGGAAGCAGGAGUUCCCACAACGAAGGGGAGCGAAUUACCCCGUCUUCUCACCCCUUCCUUUUAUUCUUUCGGAGACAUUUUGGAUUUGGUGUCUCUCUUGUUGUUUUUUUUUCUCGGUUUGUUUGGUGGUCAUGAUGUCGCCGUAAUGGAGUAUCCGGUUCUGACAAGCAUGAGCAAGGGCCUUCGCCGCCUGACCCGCACUUCCUAUAACAGCCCGCUUUUUUCGUUUCCUAUCCCGUUUCAUGCUAGAGAGCUCAGCGGCUCUCUUCCCGGAGCUCGGUCUCAGUUCUUCACCCACAGACAUGGAGAAAAACCCGAACGCCAACACCAAGGUCCCGCCCCGUUCCAGUUCCACAGGGCCAGCGGCGGCAGAUUCUAAAACCAAAACCGACUCGAAGAACAAUGGCGGCUCCAAGCGCUAUAACCGUAAGCGGGAGCCGGCCUUCCCCAAAGCAGAGAGUUUCCCAGGCCCUCGGCGCACCCACCCACAGAAAGGCAAGAAUUUCGACAAGAGACCCCCCCAGAGAGGCGGAGGAGGCAGUAGACCUGGUGGGCUCAUGGGCGGUGGGAGAAGAGAAGAGGUAGCCGAGACGCGCCGGGCCGAGUUCAGCCCGGCUCAGUUUUCCGGACCCAAAAAAAUCAGUUUGAACCAUUUGCUCAAUUUUACCUUUGAGCCCCGUGGAGGCCACAUGGGCCCCGGAGGCGACGGGCAUUCGUGCUGGGGUCGCCGCAACAAGUGGGGGCACAAACACAAGCCCUUCAACAAGGAGCUGUUCCUGCAGGCCAACUGCCAGUUUGUGGUGAUCGAUGAUGAGGAUUAUCAGGCUCACUUCACUGACCCCGACACGCUGGUCAGCUGGGACUGUGUGCAGCAGGUGCGCAUUUACAGCCACGAGGUGCCGUCGUGUCCGAUCUGUCUGUACCCUCCGGUGGCGGCCCACAUCACUCGCUGUGGCCACAUCUACUGCUGGCCCUGCAUGCUGCACUACCUGUCUCUGAGCGAGAAAACCUGGUCCAAGUGUCCGAUCUGCUACGAGGCCGUGCACAGUGCAGAUCUCAAGAGCGUUGUCGCCAUGGAGACACGUCAGUACGCUCCCGGCGAUGUCAUCACCAUGCGCCUGAUGCGCAGGGAGAAAGGUGUGUUGGUGGCGCUGCCCAGCUCGCAGUGGGUUAAAGUGGAGGAGCCCAUUCGCUUUGGAGACGUACGUCUGAGCUCUUAUUCCAAGCUGCUGCUGGCGUCUCAGGAUCAGGUUCUGGGUCUUCUAGCGGAGGAGAGGGCGGCACUGCAGGCUCAGAUGAGGCAGGAACGGGACGACCCACAAGCCUGCUUCAUACAGAGCGCCUUAUUGCAGCUGCAGGAGCGAGAGGACGGCCUGCUGAAGCGGAGCGUUCCAGAUAAGACUGGAGUGGACGGUGCAGACCUGAGGAAUCUCUCUCUGACCGACCGACAUCUGGACUCGACUGCUCCAGAUGUGGCGAUCAGCAAACUCACCAGCUCCAAGCCCAUCCUGCAGUACGCUUCAGCGUUCGACGACCAGAUUGUGGAGACUACUGAAGAGCUUCUGGAGGUCACGCCCCAACAGGAGGUGGCCGAGGGGGUCGAGCAGGUGCUGGAUGGACCUGGAGAGGAAGCACUGACUAGUGAGGCUGGGUCACAGCAGAACUCUCAGCAUGGUCCAUACUACUACUUCUACCAAGCUGAGGACGGGCAGCAGAUGUUCCUGCACCCGGUAAACGUGCGCUGCUUGGUGAGGGAGUACGGCAGCCUGGAGAACAGCCCUCAGUCCAUCAGUGCCACUGUAGUGGAGAUCGAGGGCCACACAGUUAACGAGGACGUUCGUCGUCGACACCGUUACCUCUCCCACCUGCCCCUCACCUGCGAGUUCAGCAUCUGCGAGCUCAACCUCCAGCCGCCCGUCCUCUCCAAGGAGACCCUGGACAGCUUCUUAGACGACCUGGAGCGCAGGAGGCGUGCGAGGCAGAAAAAAGCGAGGGAUGAGAAGAGAAGGGAGAAACGGAUUGAGAUGGAGGAGAACAGGAAGCAGGGGAAAUACCCGGAGGUGCACAUCGGGCUGGAGAACCUGCAGCAGUUCCCAGCAUUUGGUUCUCCUCCUCAGGACUGUCCACCAGGACUCAAUCCAGAGUUUGUGUUCGGACCCCUGACUCCUCUGAGCUGCAGUCCUGUCUCAGAUGUGGCGAUGUUCCCCAGUCUUAACGGGAACAGUCAGUCGUUCAGUGUAGGCAGUAUGGAGGAGGACCCUCCCUGCAUGUCCUUCGCGCAGAUGCUGAGAGAUGGAAAAGCCCGUGCAGACGUCUGGCCCAAACCUCCUCCAAAGAAAGAUGCGUUUUUGGCUCCUCCGGUAGCUGAUAGCGAUGGGGAAAGCGACGGGUCGGACCGCGUGCCGGUCCCCAGCUUCCAGAACUCCUUCAGUCAGGCGGUUGAAGCGGCGCUGCUGCAGCUGGACAACAAACCACCAGUCAAGGCUGAAGCUCCGCCCACCACUGAUGAGAAAGGAGGGAAGAAGAAGAAGAAAAAGCAGAAGCUUCUCUUCAGCACCUCUAUGGUUCACACAAAGGAUCAGAGACGACGUUCAAGGGUGGAACUCGACGGCAGUCAACCAGCUGCCGAAUAACACGCCCUUCACGUCAUCGCUGAACCCACGACAGUUUCCAAAGGAAAAAAAAAAACAUUUUUACAUUUCAGUUCAACAAUCGCUUUUAUUUAUUUCCUUUUCUCCCUCCUUCAUCCUUCUCACACUUCAGUAAGGCACUUUUGGUGUUUUUCCGCAUAUAUUAAUCAGCUGCACGCAUUAAACACGACCCACGUUUACACGCUGCUUCAUUCGGGUUUUCACCAACACGUCAUAAACACGUGAUAAAAGCCUGAGUUUGGUCUCGGACUCGAGAGGAAGUUUGACGCUUCGGUGAGGUGCAGCCUCUGUAUUUUUGGGGUGUUUUUGUUUUUCAUGUUCUAAAAUUAAAAUGAUAAAAAAAGGAAGAUAUUGGAUUUUAUUUUGAGGAAUCUGUGAUUUAAACCUGCACAUUGAUUUAAGGAAUAAAACGUUGUUAUGCA